UUCGGGAGGGAGGUGGGCUGCGUCUUUUUCAGGUUUUGCACACUUGGAGGGAGCUACUUGCAGCUAGAACUGAGAUGUCCUCCAAAGUCCUUGGGAGAUGGAAAUAAACCCGAGAUUUGCUUUGCAUCUGGGAAGUGAUGUGACUGGAUUGGAAGGAAGGAAGAGUGAGUGAGCGAGAGAGAGAGAAGUAGUUCUUUGGGUUUCUCACAGAGGAUCACACAUGGGGUGAGGGAGGAAGUUGUUGGCAAACCAACUUCAAUCGAGACUUUUCUUCUUCAAGUAAGCCCAGAAGGAAAUUAAACACACACACACAUUUAGAACGCAAUCUGAAUAAGAGGCAUAGCUCAGGCACAGCUACGCAGACCUUCCCACAACUGGAGUCAGGAUGUCUCUCAAGCUGCCCCGGAACUGGGAUUUCAACCUGAAAGUGGAGAUGUCUAAAAUAGUUCGCUCUCAGAGCAUGAUGGCUGUCGAUCCAAAGGGCUCAGGCCGCUGGGCCUACCCUCCCAACCCGCUGGAGCGGCCUCUGAAAACUGGCUGGCUGAAGAAACAGCGCUCCAUUGUCAAGAACUGGCAGCAAAGGUACUUCGUGUUGAAAGGGCAACACCUGUAUUACUACAAGGAUGAAGAGGACCUCAAGCCCCAGGGCUUGGUGCGUCUUCAUGGAAGCACCAUCAAGGAAGUGGCUGCCACCUCCGAUGAAGCUGGAAGGUUUAUCUUUGAAAUCAUCCAAGGGGUCUCAGGAGACCAGAAUCGAAUGGGACAAGACUCUUGUGUGUUGAUGGCCAGUUCCCAGUCUGAUAUGGAAGAGUGGGUGAAAACCCUGCGACGAGUGGUGGGAUCUCCAUUAGGAGUGGUUUUUGGCCAACAGCUGGUGGAGACCAUGGCUUAUGAGCAGAGAUUUGGGCAGCAUCAGGUCCCCAUAUUGGUUGAGAAAUGUGCAGAGUUCAUCAGGAAGCAUGGCCUGACUGAAGAGGGGAUCUUUCGACUCCCCGGCCAAGACAACCUGGUGAAACAACUGCGGGAUGCUUUCGAUGAUGGAGAGAGGCCAUCAUUUGAUCAAGAUACAGAUGUGCACACUGUGGCGUCUCUCUUUAAACUCUACCUCAGGGACCUUCCUGAACCUGUCGUACCUUGGACACAAUAUGAGGGCUUCCUCUUAUGUGGCCAGCUUCUGACUGCUGAUGAAGUGAAGGGUCAUCAGCAGCUAGCGAAGCAGCUGCCUCUUUUACCCCAGGACAACUAUAACCUCCUCAGUUAUAUCUGCCGGUUCCUGUAUGAAGUCCAGCAGAGCUCUACCACCAACAAGAUGAGUGUGGAGAACCUGGCAACAGUGUUUGGGGUGAAUCUCAUCAGACCAAAGAUGGAAGAUCCUGCAACCAUUAUGAGAGGCACUCCUCAGAUCCAGAAAGUGAUGACAGCAAUGAUCAGUGACCACGCAAAGCUCUUCCCUGUAUCUAAAGAUGUGGCGUUUUCUCCACCCCUCCAGAAGAGCGACUCCAAGAAGCCCCCAGUGCCUCGCAGCUCAGUAGGCUGGGAUGCUGCACAAAGGCCACUUAUGUCCCAGGCAGGGAACAGGACCCUGCGGCAAGUAAAGUACAAUCUUGACGCUUCCAGCUCUGAACUAACGGUUCGAUCAGAUCCAUUGGCAGAAUGUAAUGGGGAGCCGCAGCCGGAAGACCUUCUGGGAACGUGGACGGCAGAACCCCGGAAAAGGACUCAGACACUUCCAAACAGGAAAUGUUUUGUGAAUGUUUCUUCCAACAGAGGGAACCAAAGCACUGAUGGACAUGAGAUUUUCAGUAGUGACUUUUGGUCGUCUCCCGCAGCCCAGCCCAGCCCUGUUUCUUCCACAGGCAGUCAUAAAAGGACUUUGUCGCAGGGACUUCCUAGGCUUCUCAGUUUCCCACAGGCUUCAGACUCUCUCAGCACCUGCGGUUCUGCGUUGGAAACUAGCAAACAGACUCAUAAGAGCCCCUUAACCCUAAUUAGUGAAAGCUCAGGGAAGGGUCCUCAAACAAGUGAACUUUCUAGUCCUGGGCAAAAUGGGGCCACAGUUGCAAACCCCAGUCCUGAAAAUGAGAGCUGCCAUUCAGAGGACACUGAGGUGCUUCUGAAGACGAUUGGAGAGCUCAAAAAGGCGAUGGAGACCCAGAAGAAGGACUACGAGGAGCAAAUCAGGAGCCUUGAGAAGGAAAACUAUGAAGUCUGGGCCAAAGUGGUGAGGCUAAAUGAAGAGAUUGAGAAAGAAAAGAGCAAAUUUGCUGAGCUGGAAAGUAAAUUUCAGAAUAUCAAAUGUUCCCAGGUUGACACUGAAAAGAAGAACAAGCUUCUAGAAGACUCCAUAAAAUCUAUGAAUCAACCUGCAUCAAAAACUGAAUAAGGGGAAGGACUCCCUCCUCUGAGUGCAAACUAGCAAUGUACCGUGCACGGGAGGGAGGGGACCUUUUUCAAGGUCACUUGCACAGUGGCUCCCCUUCCUUCAUGGAACUGAUGUGCUGGGUCAGGUCAUGUGGCAGGCCUGGUGAAUGCCGGUGAAUCCAUGAAGGCUCAUAUCCUGUCUUAGAAGAUGCUGGAGAGCUUCAGGCUGUAUCACAACCACCACUUCCUCCUCUUCCUCACCAUGUGCACCUCUAUUUGCAAUAACCCAGGGAAAUUUUAAUCAACUUUGAUUUGAUUAAAAAUUCAAUUCUUGUGCCCCAAAUCACAAGAACUGCCA